AUGGCCCCCAAGCAGCACGCCCACCUCCUUGCCCUCGCCAGGGCCAUGGUCCCCCCUCUCCACCCCAAACUCCACAAGGGCCAGGCAGGCAGAAUAGGCGUCCUCGGCGGCUCCGGAGACUACUCUGGAGCUCCUUACUUCUCCGCCAUGGGUGCCAUGAGGUUUGGUGCUGAUCUCGCACAUGUCAUCUGUGAACCCUCGGCCGGAGCAGUCAUAAAGACCUACUCUCCCGACCUCAUCGUCCACACCAUCCUCGACCCCAAAAAUUCGGACGCCGAAAUUAAAGAAGCUAUGAAGGGGAUCUUGUCUCGUCUCCACGUUCUGAUCAUCGGCCCCGGUCUUGGAAGAGAUGAACACAUGCAGAACUGCGGCAGGAUCGCGUUCGAGCUCGCCAGAGAUAUGGACCAGAUGGGCGUUGUGGUUGACGCAGAUGGUCUGUGGCUGGUACAGGCAAUGGUCAUGGGCUGGCCUGGUGUGCCCAGGAUCAUCCUCACACCCAACGUCAUGGAGUUUAAGCGCCUCUGUGAGAAGAUGGAAAUCGAUCCCAAAGCUUCCCCCGAAACCCUAUGUCCAAAAUUGGCUUCCGCUCUGGGCAACUUGACCAUCGUUCAAAAGGGCCCUACCGACAUCAUCUCCAACGGCCUUGCCAUCCCUUCUUCUCUACUUCCGGACGAGAAGGACAAGCAAGAAAUCUUGGAAAACACUGUGGAGGGUGGUUUGAAGAGAGUGGGUGGCCAAGGUGACAUCCUGAGUGGUAGCACCGGUGUUUUGUUGGCAUGGGGAAGUGAGUGGGUCAGAGGGACAUAUGAAUCUGUCGGUCACCCUCCCCCUGAGGAUAAAUCUAUCGCCGAAAACGUUCCCCUGCUUGCUGCCUACGGUGCCUCGACUUUCAAUCGCACUGUUUCCAAGCACGGCUUUGCCAAAAAGGGGAGAAGCAUGGUCACUGGCGAUUUGGUCGAACUUGUUGGACCAGUGUAUGAAGAGUUGUUUGGAAAGCCGGGAGAGAACGAAGGGGUCAGCAAGCUUUAA